AUGGAUGCUGCGGGCAGGGGCUGCCAUUUGUCGCCCCGGCCAGCGGCGCGCGGACCGGCUGGCUCCCCGGCACCGGCGGCCGCCGCCCGCGCGCCCCCCCGGCCCAGCCUCUGCAGCGACGCCGCCUCGGCUCCCCCCGCGGCCGCCGGAGCGGUCGCCAUGAACCCCAGCCCCUCCGCCGCGGAGGAGAAGGGGGCGGCCGGCGGCAGCAGCAGCAGCGGGAGCGGCGCGGGGAGCUGCUGCCUGGGCGCCGAGGGCGGCGCGGACCCGCGGGGCGCGGGGGCCGCUGCCCUGGAAGAGCCCGCGGCCGCCGGCUCCAAGGAGAAGGACGAGGCGCUGGAGGAGAAGCUGAGGAACUUAACUUUCCGCAAGCAGGUCUCUUACAGGAAGGCAAUCUCCCGGGCAGGCCUCCAGCACCUGGCUCCUGCACACCCCCUCAGCCUUCCCAUGGCCAACGGUCCAGCGAAGGAGCCCAGAGCGACUCUGGACUGGAGUGAGAACGCCGUGAAUGGAGAGCACCUGUGGCUGGAGACCAACGUCUCGGGGGACCUGUGCUACCUGGGCGAGGAAAACUGCCAAGUGCGAUUUGCUAAAUCGGCUCUCAGGAGGAAGUGUGCCGUCUGUAAAAUUGUAGUCCACACUGCCUGCAUCGAGCAGCUGGAAAAGAUUAAUUUCAGAUGUAAACCAACAUUUCGAGAAGGAGGCUCAAGGUCACCAAGAGAAAACUUUGUGCGUCAUCACUGGGUACACAGGCGUCGCCAGGAGGGAAAAUGUAAGCAGUGUGGUAAGGGCUUCCAGCAAAAAUUCUCCUUCCACAGUAAAGAGAUUGUGGCUAUCAGCUGCUCCUGGUGCAAGCAGGCGUUUCACAAUAAGGUGACCUGCUUCAUGUUGCAUCACAUCGAGGAACCCUGCUCCCUGGGGGCCCAUGCUGCUGUCAUUGUCCCGCCCACCUGGAUCAUUAAGGUGAAGAAACCUCAGAACUCCUUGAAGGCUUCAAAUCGGAAGAAGAAGAGAACAAGCUUUAAGAGAAAAGCCAGUAAAAGAGGAGCCGAACAGGAAAGCAAAGGUCGACCUUUUGUGAUAAAACCUAUCUCUUCUCCUCUCAUGAAACCCUUGCUUGUGUUUGUGAACCCCAAGAGUGGAGGCAACCAGGGAACCAAAGUUCUGCAGAUGUUUAUGUGGUACCUGAACCCGAGGCAAGUCUUCGAUCUUUCUCAGGAAGGACCGAAAGACGCGCUCGAGUUGUAUAGGAAAGUGCCAAAUCUGCGAAUUCUGGCCUGUGGAGGGGACGGAACGGUGGGCUGGAUCCUUUCUAUUCUGGAUGAACUGCAGUUGAGCCCUCAGCCCCCCGUCGGGGUCCUGCCUCUGGGGACGGGGAACGACCUGGCUCGAACUCUCAACUGGGGAGGGGGCUACACUGAUGAACCUGUUUCUAAGAUCCUUUGCCAAGUAGAAGACGGGACGAUUGUACAACUAGAUCGCUGGAACCUCCACGUGGAAAGAAAUCCUGACUUGCCUCCAGAAGAACUUGAAGAUGGUGUAUGUAAGCUUCCUCUGAAUGUUUUCAAUAAUUACUUCAGCCUUGGAUUUGAUGCCCACGUGACACUGGAGUUCCAUGAAUCCAGAGAAGCAAAUCCGGAGAAAUUCAAUAGUCUUUUUCGAAAUAAAAUGUUCUAUGCAGGGGCAGCUUUUUCUGAUUUCCUGCAGAGAAGCUCUAGAGAUCUAUCCAAACAUGUUAAAGUUGUCUGCGAUGGGACAGAUCUCACCCCAAAGAUUCAGGAGCUGAAGUUCCAGUGUAUAGUAUUUUUAAAUAUACCCAGAUAUUGUGCUGGCACAAUGCCCUGGGGGAACCCAGGCGAUCACCAUGAUUUUGAACCCCAACGUCAUGAUGACGGUUAUAUUGAAGUCAUUGGCUUCACCAUGGCCUCUUUGGCUGCCCUGCAAGUUGGGGGCCACGGGGAGAGGCUGCACCAGUGCCGGGAGGUCUUGCUGCUGACUUACAAGUCCAUCCCCAUGCAAGUGGACGGGGAGCCGUGCCGCCUGGCCCCGGCGAUGAUUCGGAUCUCUUUGCGGAACCAGGCCAACAUGGUGCAGAAGAGCAAGCGGAGGACGUCCAUGCCUCUGCUCAAUGACGUCCAUCAGGUGCAAGCCACUGACCUGCGGAGAGUGUCUGCCCCCCCGGGCUCCUUCACCAUCCCCCAGUCUGUCCCAGACCGCCUGAGAAUCCGGGUGAACAAAAUCAGCCUACAAGACUAUGAAGGAUUCCACUAUGACAAAGAGAAGCUUCGGGAAGCCUCCAUCCCGCUGGGCAUUCUCGUUGUGCGUGGAGACUGUGAUUUGGAGACUUGCCGUAUGUACAUAGAUCGCCUGCAGGAGGACCUGCAGUCAGUUUCUUCUGGCUCCCAGAGAGUUCAUUACCAGGACCACGAGACCUCAUUUCCCAGGGCACUGUCAGCUCAGAGGCUCUCCCCACGGUGGUGCUUUCUAGAUGCAACUUCUGCUGAUCGCUUUUAUCGAAUAGACAGAUCUCAGGAACAUUUGCAUUUCGUGAUGGAGAUUUCCCACGAUGAGAUUUUUAUUCUGGACCCAGACAUGGCGCUGUCCCAGCAGGCGGGCACGCCUCCAGGAAUGCCUGACUUGGUGGUGGAGCAAGCCUCAGGGAUGGCAGACUGGUGGAGCCCCGUCCUGCGGCAGCGCAUGCUGAGCGAUGGUGGGCUGGGCAUGAUAAGUCCGCACUAUGAGGACUCAGAUAUGAAAGAUUUCAGCCACUCCCGUGGGCUACAGUCACCAGUCUCUUCAGAAGAUCACGCAAUUUUGCAGGCAGUAAUAACUGGUGAUCUUAUGAAGCUAAUAGAAAGCUAUAAAAACGGAGGCAGCCUGCUAAUUCAGGGACCAGACCACUGUUCACUCCUUCACUACGCAGCUAAGACCGGGAGCGGGGAGAUCGUCAAGUAUCUCCUUGACCACGGACCUUCUGAGUUGUUGGAUAUGACAGACAGCGAAACGGGUGAGACUGCGCUGCACAAGGCUGCCUGCCAGCGGAACCGGGCCGUGUGCCAGCUUCUGGUGGACGCAGGAGCAUCCCUGAGAAAGACGGACUCCAAGGGUAAGACACCUCAAGACAGAGCACAGCAGGCGGGGGACCCGGAUCUAGCCGCUUACCUAGAAAGUCGCCUAAACUAUAAGAUCCUUGGCCAUGAGGACCUGGAGACUGCUGUCUGACCCUGGUAGCUGGGUAAAGAGAACCUGAGCAAGCCUAUCACCUGUGCCCGCCCGGCGAUGGGGUAGCCCCCCUGGAAGAAGCUGAUGGAAUCCAUGUACCUGUCUCUCUCCUGCAGGAAUCUAUCUGGGACCAUGCCACCAGUUUUUAAGGGCUACCAAAAUGUACCCGAGAACCGGAUAGCCCGUGAGGAUGAAGCAGGGUACCUGGGGAUGUGUGGAAUACGAGUUCCACAGAAUUUGAUCCUUACUGCUUCCAGCAAGUAGCAUGAACUUCUGUGUUCACCUGUAUAAUUUAUUUUAAAGAUUCAAAGGAUGUUCAUAUAAAUGGUACCAGCCCCUUCUCCCCUCUGCCUUCAUCCUCGCCCGGUACCGCGCAAUUCUACUGCGACCCCCCCACCCAUUCAGAAAAUAGGAUACGAGUCUCUUUACAUCCAGCCUUUGAAGACCGCAAGACUGUCUGAAGGUCUUUUAAAAACCCUCUGGAUGUCCUGCAGAAACAGAACUGUCAAACCGCUUCCUUUCCUGAGUCUGACUCCACCCAGACUGCUUAGUGACGGUUUGCAUGUCUUGCCCAUCCACAGUCCCUUUUGAUUUUAGAGGGACUGGGAAGUCCACGUGGGUCAUGCUAGCUCGUGUGCUAUAUCUCUGAGGUAUGGUGAGGUGGCAUGGGAGUUGUCUGUGCUCACAGGGACCUCAGAGAGGUAACCAGGGCUCGGCCCAGGUUGCGGCACUGUUAGCUGUCGCCCUGCAGGGCUGGCUCGGCUUGGGCUGUCUGCAUAGCUCCGCACUGCCUGUGCGUAGCCAUCUCUGCCUUUUGCUGCAAGAGAGAUGAGCAAGAAAUGAAACAAAGGCCCAUGGCUAGUUGGCCGAGCAGCUCAAUUUUAAGUGCUGCUUAAAUUGCAGAGCAGAAAACCAUGUGUGGGAACUGUGGUUACAGGAAAUGCAGCACUAUGACAGCGUUUACUUCCAAACUUUGAGUAAUAAUAGAAAGCAGGCUAAUCGACAUGAAAUAAAACAGCAAAAGCAAAAGUAGCAACAUAUGUCAAAAUAACACAGUUAAGCAAGAAAACAGUCUUGCUUGGAAUUGGAAUGUGGCACGGAGGCUAAUAAGGAUAGACUCUUGGGGACGGUGGUGAGAGGCAGCGCAUUUUAGAUUUUCCUUCUUAGUUUUGGUUUUCAUUACCCCAAGCCAGCCUUGUCUCCAGGACAAAGCCUUGUUUUAUGAGUUCCACUGCCAGUUUCCAGGAUGCCUGGAUCUUCCUGACGGAUGCCUCGCCUUCUACUUAUCAGGUCCAAGUUGGCAUCUAACCGCACUGUGGCCCCGUUUUCAUGGAUGGGGUAGUCUAGUAUAUUCUAUUCUCUACUUCCCUGACUAUAGUUCUCAGUACAAACCACUGUGGGAGCCCAGCCAGAAAUAUCUGCCUGGCCUUGAAAUUGCACUUUCUAACCCUGCCACAGAUCUGAUGGUCCUCACGGUACCUCUAUUUGGGACUCUGUGAUCACUAAGGUAUCAAUGGGAAAAGUCAUCUAGCUUUGGGUGAAAAUGUCAACUUGACUUGGGUAUACAUCAGCGUGAAAAUGGGUGACCAAGGGUUUCGUUUCAGACUGGAAUGGGUGUCCUCCGAGCUUUCUGCCCUUUGCUUAUGGACACAGGCAGAGUCCCUCCCCUGUUCCAUUUCUGCAUGUGAACCUGAGCGGUCCUUUCUCAGAAUUUCAUUUAAAUUCCAGUGAUGCCAUGUUGCUUAUUUGAGUCACAUUUUGAUCAGAGAUCACCAUGUUGAAAGAAUACGUGCUGUAUUUCAUGAGAACAACCUCUCAGUGGAUGGGGGCUAAGUCUCCCCUUCGUCUUCAUCAAAAUCAAAAGUUGAGCGUUAUUCCUGGUUGCAGGAGGUUGGGUUGGCUGUGAGAAAUCUAGUUCCAUCUGUCAGUCUUAGAAAUGGAACUAGCUCUUGGGUUUUACAGUGAGGAAAGGAGGGACUCAGUAGAUUGUUUCCAGAAGCUGGAAAAAAAAUAUAUUCCAGAAGAGUUUAAUCACUGGGACUUCUGCCGGGAGUCUUUCAGUUGGUAGGACUGUCAAGGAGAUGUUGUGAUGACAGAAAUAUAAUCCUUAAAACAGACUGAAUCUGGCUUUGGCUGGUGCCUUCCAUUCCUAGAUGGAGCCAAGCAUUUGGACACAUCGUCUGUCGCCCCUCUGUCAUUGUUGGGAUGAAGGAUCUAUUUUUUUUAACCAACUACCAUCUCAUAUUUCCUGGGAUGCUUCAAAGCAGCUCAGAGAAAAUUUAGGGAUUAGGUGGCUAUGGGCCAAUUCAAAUAACUCCAAUUGAAGUCACCAGUAAAUCCCUGGUAUGAAAAUAGAUGAGGUACUGAUGACUGGAGGCGUCCUGUUACAUUUGGAAAUCAUUCCAGACCAAGAAAAAAUAAAAAAAAAAAAGCAUUAGAGUCAGUCCAACAUUAUUGAUGGGGAGCAAUAUUUGACCAAGGCAAAUCUCUCUUUGAAAAAGCAAACACCUCCAGGACCCAGCCUUUCCAAAAAUGAACAUCAAAAAUAAGCAAAACCAUUACAUAUUUAAUGGCUUCAACAUUCAAUCUACUUCCUGUAGCACAUUUCUUUUUUAAAUUCAUCACUGCAGGUGACAGUCUGGACUUUCAAAAGAUCACAGGCCAGAUGCUCCAGGAGUUCCCCACUCAGCUGAGGUAGAAGGUGUUGUUCCCUUUAAUGGGCCACCAGGAAGAACAGGAGCAAAUGGUCUCACCCUGCUCCGGAAACUCUCAUAAGUUUAAUUUAAAAGACAUAAAACUGCAAACCCAUAGAAAUAUCAUUUUCUGCAAAACCUACCGAGACAGAACUGCAAAGAGUAGCUGCCUCUGCUCACCUUCUUCUGUGUUUGACUCAGCAGAGCCUUUUGUGUGCUAGCCUCAUUUGCUCUGGAAUUCCAUUUUUAGAUCAGGCUGGUAGAAUGGAGAGUUGUGAAAAGACAACAGUACGCAACCUUAAAGGUGGUCAGUUUUGAAGCCUGAUAUUUCAGGGUUGCACAUUUAAUGAAGUGGAACCCAGCAAAGCUCUGCUUUGUCACAUUCAAGGACUUGAUAAAGAACAGAAGUCAAGAAGUAAAUAAAUACCACAGUUGGGAAUUUCACUUUGAGGGUUCUGGUUAUCCCUGCAGAGGCACUAACCCGAAACCAGUGUGAUUUCUGAGACAGCAUGGGGCUGGCAUUUACAUAGACAUAAAAUUAGUGAUGAUUGAUGGAAAAUCUCACACACCCAAUUGCUCCUUCUCUUUUCCUAAUGCCUGGCCUUUUCAAUGCUCAGCAGAUCUGUUUGUGUUGAGAGAUACUCAACAGGUAGUUAAUUUUCAUUUGGACCUGGCAAGAGUUUCUUUGCCUAAAGGAUUUUUGAAAUUUACUUACAAGACUCCUUACAAUACCCGUGUCUUAGAACAUGUGGGACAACAGUUUCAUUUUUCUACUUGUUGAUUUUAUUUUUAAUAUUUAGAGUUUUCAAUCCUAAAAGUAGAACAUGCCUCUUAUAGAAAGGGCUAGCACCACAUGUUAAGUAUCACAUGCGAAACCAGGGUGGGUGUGCUGGUGUGGUGUCUGUGGUCACACUCCCCAGAGACAAGCUGUGUUAGCACUUUCUACGUUGUUGCUUAUACGUUAUGUCAGAACAUUCCACAUACACAAGCCCUCCAUAUAUAGAGAUGUAUUUAUCUCCACACAUAUAUGUGUAUGUAGACUAUACGCACAUAUAUUGCAUAGGAUUAAAACAAAAGAAAACAUCUUAGAAGCGUGCUCACCAUCUGUAUAUGUAUAAUAACACCCACAGGCAAAGAUAAGGUAGCAGAGAAUGUUCCUGUAUUCUUUGUAGUUAACACUGUUAUUCAGCUCAGUUCUCUUACUGCUGCUCUUCACCUGCACAUGGCGUUUGCUCCUGCCUGUGCCAUAAAAUCCCUCACCAAGAGGUCUUGUGAUUAUUUCACUUUCCACAAAGCAGAAAUCUCCCUGAGCCCAGAGACUUGCCUCUGUUCUUUUGGGAUCUCAAGUGGAGAGUUCCUUCUUCUGUGAUGCUUAUACCACUUACAAAGCUGAGUUUAUAGGAUGGUCACUCAGGAGGUUGCCUAAUGAUAUUCCAUUUAGGGUAAACUCCUGCCAGGAAGGUGUAGUAACUUGGAUAUGGACUGAGGUAUGAGUAGGCUGAGGUAUGAGACUGAGGCUGACUUCUUGCCAGUAAGAGUAGGUAAUGAAAUCACUAAGAGCAGCUGAAUAUUUUAUUCAGUUAUGCUAUUUAAAAAUAAGAAUAGAUUAUUGUUAACAUGGCUCAUCUUAGCCAUCCAGUAAAACAACUAAAAUUGCCCUGAUUGAAUGGAUUCUUUUCAUUUUCGGGGGAAAAAAAAAUGUCCAUUAGCUUUCUGAUUAAUCCUUGACACUUAUUUAGUACAAAAUAGCUUCUGCUCCAGGUCUUGAUAGAACUAUCUCUGCAUCUUUAAUUUCCCCGUUCUCUGAACUCCAUAUUCAGCUGAUUGUAAGUGCUGUGUGGUUUUUCUUUACCAAGAUGCUCCAGUUGACUUUGGUUGCUCCCCUUUCCUGGUCCUCACUGUUGUUCAUCCCAAGUCCCUGCAAUAUUCUGACUGUGGCAAUUGUCCUGCUUUUGGAUCUCCUGCCACCUUCAAUCAUUUUGUCAUAGAGCUGCCAAAAUCUCCCCUAGACUUUGUGUUCAUAUGGAUCAAAAUGAAAUUGCCCUCCAGGACAGGUAUUCAUUGUGCCCUUUAUAAAUCGGUGUCCUCUUGUCUUGGUCAUUUCAUAGCAUUACAAGCCUUAUUCUGAGAAGUCAUGUACCAGAUAGGUUUAGUCUUUGUUUUUCUAAGAAAUUUUCUAAGACAUUUCUAAAUUUCUGACCGAGUCAUGCCUUGAGAACACACACUCUUGGUGGCUUCUAUGUUCAUGUUAUCAUCAGUGUGUGUCACCCUCUCCCCACAAGUCCCCUGGAAGUAGGGAGGGAUGGCUGGAUUGUGUAUGUGUUCUACCCGGUCUCCCUCCCCCUACCCCCAGCUGGCUGUGGAGGUCAGGCUGUCUCGCCACAGUUGAAUGAGGAGCCUUAAUAUGGGAGCUAAGCUGGGUGUCAUGCCUUUGAUGACCUGCUCUCCCAGGACACCAAGAGUCACUGGACUGACCCCCGAAAAGAAAGCAAAAACAUUUCCUAGGCUUUUCCAGCAUUGCAUUUUUUAAGUGGAGAUUUGAAUAUUAGAUACUAUCCUCAUGGUGGCUCUAUUCCAGAGUCCGUUUUUGUGUGUAUGCAAUCAUUAUGCAUGCAGUGCCGUCUUCAUGAAUCAGUCAUACGUUCAUGUAUUUAACCACCUAUUGAAAAAUAUAUAGUUAUCUCUUGCUCUGCUGCAGACACCAUACUUAGGUUAUAAGCAUGAAUGCAAGAUAUAACCUCUUGAUAUCAUGGAACUGGCAACCUAGGAGAAAAGACAAAUUCCAUGUGAUAAGUUCUGGACAGAAGAACCCAGGAGACUAGGCGGGCUCACACCGGGGGUAUAAGUCAGUCCAUGUUUGCCAGUCACUCUGUGAAAUCUGAAAUGGGAAUAUGAAUAUGAUGAUGAAAUUAUCUUUUGUAUUUCCUUUUCCUUGGAAGCUUUGUACUGUUCUUAAAAUAUAUUUGAAACCAAGACUUUAAGACAGGAACACUACUAAAAUGAAAGCUGAAAUUCGUUUCCUUAUUUCUCAAGGACAGAACUAGAAGCAAUAUGCAACAGUUGUAGUGGGUUUUGAGUACAUGUAAAUCAGGAGACUACAUAUUGUCCAAAAGUGGAAUGAAAUGGAUUUGUAAACUUCCAGCCCCUGGGAAUCUUUGAACAGGCAUCACACGAUUACCUUAGAGGUGUUCCCAUUUGAUGUGUGUCAUCUGAGGGCCUGCUUUAGAUCCUGGGAGGUGUAGAUUCUUUCUUUCAGAAUGACUUUGUGGAAAGCAGGAUUACAUUUAAAAUUUUAUGAAAAUCUUGACUUUUAAUCUUUAAAACAUCACUUCGUCAUGAGAGCCUUUAAAAUCUUGGGGAGAAUGACCUUUCGUUAUCACCUAUAACCUUUGAAAAUCAACUUUGCAUGAAUUAAUAAGCCAGUGAAAAGAAAACAUACUAAGAGUUAUAACUUUAAGCCAUGUCUGGAAGCAUUAUGGAUUUUUAUGAGUAUCCUUAGGCUCUCAUAUAAAGUCUUAUUAAAAAAAAUCUGUUUUGCAAUCCAUCCAAUAUAAAAAGUGCUGUGAUUUGAUAUUCUUAGAAUUAAAUGUAAUCUAAUAUAACCACAGAAAAACUGCCUAAAAGAUAUUUGGGAGCCAAGUAAAUGUACAUGGAAGGCAAUUAGGGAAAGCACUUUUGCUGCUGGCAUGAUAAUUGCAAGGGAAGCCUUCCCCAAUGGAAAGAAGAAAGCAGCGGCCCUGGCUUCCCCAUCCAUUUUCCCCUAAGUUUCAACAUUUGGAGCCAAAUGACAUCUGAAAUAAGACUCUUUGGUGGAGGGAGCAGCCGAAACUGUCAUGAUUCUCAAUCCUUGAGGGAAGUACAUAUAGUUUUCAAUAGAAAAUUGCUUAAGCAACUCAAAUCUAUACUGUUUAUUCACUAUAAUUUCAAUAUUUAUUUUAAAAUUUAGUGCUUUAGUAUUUGGAUGCAUUUUGACAUUUCUUAACUUUAACACCACCCUACCAGGUGGAUAAUGCAGAUGAUACAUUUUAGAUAAAUACAUGGAAUCUCAGAGCAGUGACUUCAACUUGCACAGAUUUGUGUAGUAAAUGGUAGAACUGUAGCCAGAACUAAUCUCUAGAAAUUACAGGCUAACAUGUCUGCAGUAGAUAUUUUCUAAGGAAAUAAUUUCCACUAUUGCCUUCUUUCCCAACAAUCAUUUAAAUUUCCAUAACCCAGAAGGCGCCUCCUUGGAAAAAAAUAUUUUUCUAAGAUCCCAUAGCAAGAGUUGAUUGUAAUGGAGGGAGAAUAUGAAGUAAAAAACUCAAGAGAUUUUGCUCUCAAAUAGAGAUUUAUCACGUUGGAUAUAUUUCAAGAAGAGAAAAAGAUCAAAUGUUUUGGUACCAGGGGGGGUUUAGGGGGGUGACGUUCUGGCUGCUGAUUCUCUGCAUUUAAAAUCAUUAGUACUGUUUUCUCUCUUUGGAAGUCACUCCUGGAAUGUUUUAGAAUGCUGUACCUAAAAGUGUUGAGAACAUUGCCAUUGCUCUGAGUUUAUGGGUAGGGAUGCAAGACCAAGCUGUCAUCAAAGUCACUGGCCAGAAUUCUCACACACCUACAAGAAGUUACACUGCCCUUGAAAUAGAACGAGCAAAAGAUCUGAAAUCUUCCUCAGUGCCAAAUCUGUUUUUACAAAGCAUCUAUAUGGGCAGAUCAGUGACUAUGUAGAAGUGAAAUGUUUGAUCUGGAAAGAAGGCAAAAGUGGUUUCGGAAUAGAAACCUAUUCUGUGAAGGAAGUGAUUAAGUUGAUCUCGAAGAUUCACAUUCUAUAGGGCAAACAAUUUGAAAAAUGCAAUGAGGACAGAAGAGAUCAGGACCAGACAUGAAAAGAGGUGACUUUAUGACUUAAAUAAAGAUUUAAUUUUUCCUCAACAUUGUAUCAAGGAAAAAUGGAUUAAAUUUUCUUCAAAAAUAAAGCAAAGUUAGUGCUGCUGGUGUUUCUUCUAAUCUUUAAAUGAAAAUAUGAACAAGCGAUUUCAGGGAUCAUGUAAAAGCAAUUACUUAAUUGUGAGUGAGCUUAGACUAAGUAUUUCUCUGGUAUUUUCCAGGUUUAGAUUUCUAUGAUUUUUUAGACUGGAGCGUAAGUCAAUUAGAGUUACUUCUUUUCUCCUAAAUUCCUGCCAUAUAGAAAGCAUUGAAAGCUUUUUCGUAAAAACUCAAGUCAUUGCAAAUAUAUCCCAGAGCUUUUAAAAAAGUAGGUAUUUCAUGACCUAAAAAUGUUUGCUUUGUACGCAUGCACACAUACACACACACACACUCAUACACACACACACACACACACACACUGCCCAUUGCUAGCCAGUUCCAAAAUUUCUUGAACAAUAUAUCUACUAAGACAGAAUAGUCACAAGUUCAGAAAUUAAAAGCUUAGAAAUCACAAGGUCAGAAAUUGAACAAAGGGUGUAAUAUCCACUUUCCUACUUUCUACACACAUUUGUUGUUUUGUUUGUGUAGUGGGAACUGGGAUUUGAAAGGACAGGAUUUCUCUGUAUUUUCUGUAAUAACGAGACAUGGAGGCAAUGUCUAUUACUAAUCAUCAUUAAGUGAUGAGUUGACACUAACCUCACAUCACUAGGCCUGUGGCUCCGUAGUGUUUCUGUAAUAUGUGAACUCUAGUUUUAAUCUCUCACCUUUCCUUCUGUAUUCAUAAGGCCUGAGCACCUAGAUCUCAAGUUGUCUAUGUGGGGGAGGAAUUCACUCUUGAGCCAAGUCUUAAGAAAUGGGCUUAUUAUUGGAAUCUUGCUUGGAAAACUACUUCCACCAUCUCCCUCAAACCCCUGGAAGCGCUGAGCUACAGGAGAAACAAAUGAUUCUCAAGCGUAGAAUACUAUGACAUGCAAGUCUUAAUUCAAUUGCUGUGACAACCCCCAAAUAGAGAACUUAGCAAACUUUUAUGCUCAUUAAAAGCAAAUUCAGAAGGUGUAGAAAAAGAUUAAACUUCCUCAGAGUGGCUUCAAGUAGUAUCAGUUGUGAAAUUUUUAAUCUCUGCAACUUAGAAUUAGGUUAUUGUGGAGCAGGGCGGGGGAAAUGGUUCUGCUAGUAGAACUUUCUCAGAGAGAUUGCCAGAGGACUGGGUUAUUUUCUGAAGGUGUUUCCCCAAGGGCUCAUGGCAGGUCAGACUUGUCCAUUGCUUCAUAUUGGUCUAUGAUAAAAUUUGAGAAAAAUGAGGACAGUUUAGGGAGUUCUUCACAAAUCUAAAUAUAUCCAAUCCUUGUAAAUUCUGAGGCUAAGGCCUUCAUACUUUGGGGUUUAUAUAUAACCUUUACUUUUUAAAAGAAAUCAAAGUGAGGAGAGGUUUAUACAUUGCCUUUUGUUGUAAAAUUAAACAGACGAUAGCCAUAAAUUGGUGUACUUUUUUUUUUUUUAAGUUUUAAAUGUAUGGGUAAUUCUCUCAAAUAUUCUGGUGAGAUUUAUCAUGUUUACAAGAUGUUUUGGCUUUCAUAUUUACUACACCUGUUUUAAUGAAUCCAAAUGGUUGCUGACCUUUUGGGGUUUAUUAAUAAUCACAUUUUCAGUUGGCUGCUCCCCUCCCCUAGGGUUGGACCAAGGCUCUCAGUGCAAACCCAGUUCCCAAGUUAACCAGAACCUACAAUGAUGUUUGCUGACAUCUGAUUGAGAGCUGGGAAAUGUGGGGUUUUCACCAUCCCAAGGAAUGAGACUUGGAAGCUUUGUAGACAAAAAUAUUCUAGAACAAUAGAAUAUUUUGUAGAACACAUCUUUGAAAAGUUAGGGUCCAAAUUAGUCCCAAUAAAAGUUAGCCAUGUUGGCUUUUUUUAGCGUGUGUGUGUUUUAAUUACUCGUGGUUAAAUGGGCAACCAUCAAUCUGAAUGUCAUAUGGGUCAUGGCUGAUUCAAAAUAAAGCAAGCCAUUUCUGUAAGCUAGGGAUAGAGGACACUCUCGGUUCCAUAAGAAUGGAUAUGUUUCAUUUUAAAUCUGAUUUCUAAGUGGGAAAGUUCCCUGGAUAUCCAGAUCCUUGGCCAUGGGUAGCCACUCUCCAAGGCUGCUUCUGUCUGCGGAGUUAUAGUCACACUAUAAAGGGCUCUUUCAUGAUUUCUGAUUCUGCCCUAUGACAUCUCAGAGCCAUGCUUUUGCAAAGCUGCCAGCUAGCAGGUGGAAUUAAAAAAAAAAAAGUAGCUGUGGCAGUAGGAUGAUGAAGUUUUAUUUCCAGGUCAAGUGGGAUCCAGGUAAUA